CAGGAGCGCCGUGAGAAGUCCGUGAAGGACGAAGACCCGGCAGAUGCUGCCCGCGCCACGAGUGGCUACAGGGCCGUUGAUCCCAACGCAAGUCAGACUAUGGAGGAGCAGCGUCGUCAAGCUAUGCAGGAGUCCAAGUUCUUGGGUGGUGACAUGGAGCAUACUCAUUUGGUGAAGGGAUUGGAUUAUGCCCUGCUGCAAAAGGUGCGUAGUGACAUGACAGUGCAGCCAAUGCCAGCAGAGAUGGACACUCAGGCACCUGUGGAAAGUAGUCGCCAAUCUGCCCCGGCCCAGGCUGCUGCCCCGGCCCAGCCUGCCGCACCCAGCCAACAAGCGAGCUUGGAAUUCAAAACCAAGUUAGGAAAGAAUAUCCACAAGGCUGUCUUUCAACGUGCGCUGCCCGCCAAGAACGAGCUAUUCCUACCCGGCAGAAUGUGCUACGCUGUUCAGCUUGACGAUGAGUACACAGAGAAUGACGUACCCACCACCAUCAUUCGCAGCAAGGCAGAUUGCCCAAACGUCCAGUCUACCGUCAUGACGACUAACGAUAUUGUCAUUCACAAGCUGACACAGGUCCUGUCUUACCUACGUGGCUCUCGACAUGACAGGAAGAAGAUGAAGCGCAAAGACAAAGGUGGUGAAGACAGACCUAUGGGAAAGCUACCAGGUGCUAGUGAUCCGAUUUUUGCUGAUCUGGACAGUAACUACCAGAGUCUGCCGAGAGACAAGGACAGCGCUGCCAAGCAGGCGCCAUCGCUGCCCAAGUUUGGCAACUACUUUGGCUCGGCACAGCAGCAACAGCAGCAACAGUCGGAAGAGCAGUCAAAGAAAGAGCACAUGAUGGGAGGCCUGUCCAAGGAGCAGCUGGCUGCUGGCUGGGCUGUGGCAGAUCUAGCUCGUCUUCAAGAGCCGAGCACAGCAGCAGGUGCUGCACCUACGGCCAUGGCGCGACCUGAGCAACCUGCAGCACCGGGCGCAGCUGUGGGCACAGCAGCAGCAGCCGCCGCACCCGAGAGUGCCGAAGCAGCGCAGGCCGCCAGUCUCAAGCGCACCAUGCAGAAGGAGGCCAUCAGCGACAGCUACAUGGAAUGCUACCCGGGAGUCGGCGAUGAUGAUGGUGGCUACGACAGCGAGGAAGACGCGGACUUCAGUAAAAUGGAUCGGGGUGCCAAGAAAGGACCACUGAAGCGUUGGGAUUUCGAGAAUGAACAAGAGUAUGCUGCGUACAUGGACAGCCGGGAGGCUAUGCCCAAGGCUGCUUUUCAAUACGGUGUGAAAAUGAAUGCUGGGCGGAAAACGCGUCGUUUCGGAAAGGGUGGAGAGAAAGAUGAGAAGGCGAAAAUUGACAGAGAGUGGAAGAAGAUCUCAAAUAUGCUGGACAAGCGCCAAGGAUCCGGUCAAAGAGACGGGGCACCUGCAGCGAAACGAGCACGGUGAUCAGAUCGGCCUGCGUCGUCUCACAGCAACCAUGUUCUAGUUGACUUUCGGACAUCACUGCUCCGUUGGUGGUUGCAGCUCGGUUGUAGCUGGCAUCUUGAGUGUGCCAGGACUGCUGUGUGGCGCUGCAGCCUUCCAGGCUAGAGCCGUGAUGCGUGCGUUGGGUAUCCUCUCCGUUGGGCAUGGGCUAAUGGCAAUGCGGUGGCAUUUACCGUCCAGGAAGUGCUGUACAUAGACACUGGUGACCUCUUCCUGUACGUACAUAUUGCUGCAGUACACGGCCUGCCCAUCUUGUGCACGAAGUGCUGCAUUUUCAAUGCAGCCCGCAGCACUGCUGUGUUUAUGUGGAGGCACCGAUUGUCACACUUGGUGUUUACACUAGGUCCGUGUCAAUGUCGGGCUUUUCUUUACACUGCCACACACGUGUGCAGUCGCUGUGGAAUGUUGGCUUUGAACACCUCUUACCAGCUGAGAGUAAUGCUGCAGUGAACCAAAUUCGUCCAGCCCUGUGAAGUUUGAACUCACACAAUAGUACUUUUGUAUUCCCCCUCACUGGUUUGCCACAUAUUUACACGUAUGAUAAUUAUACAUACUUUGCAACUAGUGUAUAACCUUAGUUA